CUGCACACUGAGUCCAUGUUUUUACAAGGAGCUGCAGAAUUAUCCCCAUUGUUGCUUUCAGGUUUAUUUCAGGAUGUCAUGGUUCAGUUUGAUAGGGUUCAAAAACAACUGAUCCUGAGCCACAGCAAGAAGUAUGUUUGAGGUUCAUUGGACAGACAUGGAAAACACAGGAAAUCAAACAUGUUUGAGGAAAGAGAAAAAAGACAAAGUCCAUCUCAAAGAAAAACUGUAUAUGUGCGUUGGUGUUGACGACUCUGUAUGGUGAGGCUUUAGAAAGAACCUAAAUUAAUGUCCAGUGAAGUCCCCUAUUUUGUGUUCUACUAGACAUUAUGCUCUGCUGCCAUGAGAGAGUUUGAUGAAGGCUCAAAUAGGAUGGACAUUUCACUAAGAGAAUAAUGAGAAGGCAGUGUAAAUGAUAAAAAAGGUGGGAUGUACAGUAUAUCUUACUCAGUGUUGAUUUACAUAUAGAGACAUUUGAAAAUUGAAGAUUGUUGACAUUAAAAUUAGCCAAGCUGUUCAUGCAGAAGAGCCAAGUUUUUAUCCAUGUCAUGGGAACACGUGGCUUGCAUUCACAAAGCUUUUUUCCUCCCUCUAUCUUUACAUGAAAAUAUUAAGGCAGUAUUUUUUGUUUUCGCUGGUCAUUACUGUACAUCAGUGUUAGUCCCCAUCAUCAGUUCAAACAGCACAGAGGCUGCACAACUUCUGCACAUGCACAAACACACCCACACUUCCACACAUAGCAUGAGAUGCCUUAUCAACAAUGGGCAGAAAGGAAAUGUAAUUAGAGCCAAAUAAGGAACCUUCUUUUGUCAAGUCAAAUCACAGGUAUGAAAGAAAGGUCUCCACCCCUCCCACCAGCACCAGCACCACCUCUCCCCUCCUUUUACUUUCUUCUCCCCUCCAUCUCACUCUUUCUGGUGCUCUCUCUCUCUCCAUCAAUACCUCUCUCUCUCCAUCAUCAGCACUAAAUUCCCAUUGAUGUUUCUUUUCUUCUGCUGUAUCGAUCGCUUCAUGAGAAGGGGGGGAGGACGGGAGGAAGGGAAGAAGAGAGAGAUGGCGUUAUCUGUUAAUUAAUUUGUCCUGAAGCUGGCCGCCUAUUAAUCAGACAGAUAAGAGGCAUUGGAUGGCUGAACAGCGCAGACAGGCUGGUGGGGAGGGGAGGUGGUGAGGGUGGGGAGAACGCAUACACACAUAUAAACACACACAAACACACAGACAGAGGUGCACAUGUGUAUGGAAUGUAUGCAUACAUAAAGACUACAAACAUGCUGAUUAAACAAGUCAGCAGACUCACAAUACAAUUAUGUUUAUGAUGUUUAAAUGAGCAAUAUAGACGGACACAAAUUCAAACAAGCACACAUAAUCUAGACCAACACACACACAAACACACACACACAGAUGAAAACCACAUGCUGAUAAAAAUCAUUGAUGAACCUCAAUAAGAGAUGUUGAACUUGAGCUCAAUAAAUUAAUCAUGGGGGUUUUAAUUAUUGGUGUUUUCUUUGUGUGUUUGUGCACAUGUGUGAACAUGCUGUGUAAAAUUAAAAGGAAGAGGUUUACCUGUAAAAAGUACGACAAAACCCUACACAAAACUUCCCCACACAUUUGCUGUUCAUUUCCUCCAAUGCAUAUCAAGUUAGAUGUUGAGGUAUUUUAACUAUAAUCUUCAUCCCAAUUUAUGACCUCCUUUGUUUGUAAAUGCUCUCAAAAUAAUCCUGCUCCAUUUUCAUUUGUCCUUAUUAAUUUUCAACAGCAAUCAGCAGAAAUGUGUGAAAAGGAAACACGCUUAUUAUGUCGCAAAUGGAAACAAUCCAAACCCAGAUGAUAAUCUUAACGGAUUAUAUUGUGUACAAACAGCCGCGCUGAAUUUCGACAAAGCAGAAGAUGAGAUGUUUUUACAGAGAUCCAAAAAUAACGAGUUUAUUUACAUCAGGGAUGGAGUUAAAAGUGCCCCACAGCACGGUGUUUAUAUCUGUCACAGUUAAAAGCAGAGCAAGUGGAGAGCUUGUGUUUUUAUCCCAGAUCUUGGAGUGAUUCCCAGUCAAGUCUAUGUUAAAGAAACCUGAAUGUUCAUUACCUUCGUCAUAACUCUCAAAGCAGCCUGAUGAAUAGAAGGAAAAAAAUACAAAACACUGUUGUUUCUGGAGAUUUCUCAGGUUUUUUAAGCAUGUACGACUGGCUACUGUAGCUGGCUAAAGCUCCUUUAAGGGCUUUUUUUUUUCACGGUCACAAAAAAGACUGAAGUUUUUAUUUUUGCCCUUUCAUGAUAUCCAAAAGCAAACAAAACCAUCAGCAGCAAGAGUGACAAUUUUUAUAUCAACAUUUUUAUGCCUGAAACUGGUCUGAGGGGUAGAUGUCAGCCAAGCAGCUGAAGACAAAGCUCAGGUUUCUACAACUUAUGCACAAAAUAUUCACAUUAAACAUCAUAUUUAACUGUCAAAAGACAGCUGAGUGAGAUCUUUCCUCAAAGUUCACUACUGAAGCAUAUCAAGGACAAGAUAGACCGAAACCAAGGUACAACAUUGGACACAAACUGAAAGUUCCUCACAGGAACUUUGAAUCCUGAAAUACACAAUGCUACCUACAGUUAGCGUGAAAGGGAACAGAGUCCCACCUUUUUAAGCUGAUUUGGUACAGUUGUUUAGUUCCCACCAAUUUCGAUUAACAGCUUUUACACCAGCACACCCUCUGAACCUGUGUGUGUGUGUGUGUGUGUGUGUGUGUGUGUGUGUGUGUGUGUGUGUGUGUGUGUGUGUGUGUGUGUGUGUGUGUGUGUGUGUGUGUGUGUGUGUGUGGAUGUAAGUGUGCCAUGUUUGCCUCAUCUGGAACCAGAUCAAAUUCUACCAGAGGGAUGUGCCGAAAUUGAUCAACCCUUCAGCCCUGCUCCCAAUGCCCAAACACUACACACACACACACACUUACACACACACGCGCACACAUGCACACACACCGGGACACGUUAAAACGCACAUCUAGUGACACCAUUAAAUGAUAUUAACCCCCUUAUGUCUUCUUCUCCUCACUUGACCGCGGGCUUUGAACACAUUCAAUAAGUGUGUGUUAAAUUUGGCCGUGCCCACGCUUAUUUCCAUUGCCCACGAUGAGUGCUGAAGUCUCAAGGACCCCCUCAAGACAUGUGUGUGUGAAUGAGAGAUGUGUGUGUGAGGAGGGUGUGUGUAUGAAGACCCCUUAAGAAAUUCACCUCUAAUCCCUUCUGAUGAUUUCAUUAAGUAGAAGAAGACACUGCCAGUUGGCAACGAUACUCCAACCUUCACUGUGCCAUGUGUGUGUGUGUGUGUGUAUGUGUGUGUGCAUCAAUCUUACAAUUUGGAUUCUUUCCAGUGCCUCCCUAUGCAUUCAUGUCUAUGCAUAUGUGAAACUCUCAGUAUAUGCGUGUAUAUAGCAGUGUCAUCUACUGUGUGUGUGUGUGUGUGUGUGUGUGUGUGUGUGUGUGUGUGUGUGUGUGUGUGUGUGUGUGUGUGUGUGUACUUGUUGAGUUAUUAACAGUUGUAGAUGGUAUGAAUUAGAGCACAUUAAGAACAACAAUAGCCUGCAACCUGGACAUAAUGAGACGCCUGCCAUUACCCAUCAACACACUGUGUGAUAAGAUCCCCUAACACAUAUAAGACACACACACCUGCACACACACCAACGCACGCACCGUCACACACCUACCAUCUCCAGAGGAGGCACACUGCAGCAGAUGUUAUUGAAGAAAUAUCUUCCUUCUCAUCUGCCUGCUUCUCUUGGCAGGAUGCUCCUCUCAUGCACACACCCACACAAACACACACACACACACUGGAGGGCUGCUGUGAGGUCUGACAGGUGUGCUCACGUGGGCCACUGUCUUUGCCUUUGCUAUGAAGGCUUGCACACACACGCACAUAUACACACGUAUGCAGACAGGCAGGUGUGAAUGGACAGGUGUGUGAGGAAAGGACAGCUGUGAGGAAAGGUGUGAGCGGGCAGGUGUUCCAUUAAAGAGGCAGACAUAAAGAAGGAGAGGGAAAGGUAACAAGCAGGAGUCUUGGGAAGUUCAGGAAAAUGUAUUUGCAAGAGACAGACCAGAAAAGUAUUUCAAGCACGGUGACAAAAAAAGACAGUACCGGUAGUUCAAGUGUAAGGACAGACGGAAAACAGACACGUUACACAAACACAUAUGUUUCAAGAUAGAUGGAAAACAGGUGAGGCCAGAAUCAGACCCACAGCCGUGCACAGACAGUGACAGAUAAAAAUGCAUGGAUUGCGAUUGGAGAGACAGACAGAUAUAGACGUAGGCAAAUAGAAGGACAUGGAUUGACACCAGAGAAAGCAGGAGUUUUGAGGCCACAGCAGCAAUUAGUGUGUGUGUUUGAGUGGUGCAGCAGCGAUGGCCGGCAUUGAUCCAUGGAGGUUGUGUCAGGGGGAGAUAAGGCCUGCCUUUCCCCAGAGAACAGCCCUUGGCACAGGGGAGAGAGGAAGAGAGGGAGGAGGAGGUGGUGGAGGAGGUGGAGAACUCUGGUCAACAGGAUGGACUGUUGGAGGGUAGAUGAAGGAAGGAAAGAGAGUUGAUCUUGACCCGCUCUCUUGCUUCAAAACAAGCCUUGCGAUCUCUAUUUGUUAUGAUUGUGCCUAUUUUGUUUGACCUUCAAAUGCUCUUUCAAAGUAUGUUUAUCAGACAAAGUAUCACUUCAAUGUUAUUUGUCUUGUCAAAAAGGUCAUCAUUUGAUUCCCUUUUUUACAUGUGUAGAACAAACCUUUGGACCCAUGAUUCUCAGGCUUUAUUACAGCGUAACACACAACUCCCUGCUUAAAUCGUGUUUUCAUGAACAAUCCUUUCUUUUGUUUUUGUCUCUAUUCCCUCAGGUUUCUCCACACUGUCUUUGGCAGACCAGAUGAGUCUAUUGCAGAGUGCAUGGAUGGAGAUCUUGAUCCUACGUGUUGUGUACCGCUCGCUGUCCUUUGAAGACAAAGUAAGCGCUUUUGGCUAUUUUUUGUUUGUUUGUUUACCAGUGGAUGACACAUAGAUAAAAAUGUUAAUUUGUCUCCUCUCUGCCUCUUUGUGUUUCUCUAUAGUUGGUUUACGCUGAGGACUACAUAAUGGACGAGGACCAGUCAAAGCUGGCUGGACUUCUGGACUUGAACAACGCCAUCCUCCAGCUGGUCAAGAAAUACAAAACUAUGAAACUAGAGAAAGAGGAGUUUGUCACUCUCAAGGCCAUCGCAUUGGCAAACUCAGGUUUGAAAUUCCUCUCUUACUGCUGCUGUUUUUGUCUGCGACUGUGUCUGUGUUUGAGUUUUUGAGCACAUUACUGGUGGAGAAAGGGUUAAACUGAGAACUCUCCUGUCCCGUGGGGCUCAUUUAAACUGAACCAUCAAAGGACCGUUUUCAAUACUCUGCAUCCUAACGCAUAAACAGGCACACACAACUGUAAUCUAUGAUUCAAACUUAUUCUCUAUAACACCGACACCAGUUUUCAAAUCUCCCAACUUUCCCUGUUGAAGCCCUCAUACUGUAGGUACUGUUCUUUUUUUAAUGUGAAAACACAAACAUAUCAAUCAUAGAAACACACACUCAACUUAACAUGAAGCCCACUGCACACCCCCAAACAAAGUGGCAAUCCCUUUUACAAUUAGCAUAGUCGUCUCUUCAGAUGCCUGUUAAAUAAGGUGAAAUCAUUAGAACCCAAAGUCUGUCGAUAAAGCCCCCUCUCUGAUGUGUCCAGCUGCAUCGACAGCUGACUGACACACGCACACACACUCCCUCACACAGACACACACACGUACGGGCACACACACGCACGCCUUCUUCCUCCCAUGACCCGUCUUUUGAACUUUGUCUUGGAAGCCGGCCAGCUCUUCAGUACUCUUUAAUUACAAGGGGGGAGCUGUCAAUACAAUGUGUUUAAAUGGGAGAGUGCAAUGGAAGAGCUUUGAAUAGGGAGGGAGGGGCCUUUUGUUCUGAUUACACGCCAAACGCACAUCAGCAAACACAACAUUCGUGUUUUCCCCCAAACAAGCCAAUUUUAUUUCUCUAACAUUUAUAAGAAACACACAAACAUAAAAGUCAGCCACUGAAACACGUUUGCUCACACACAUAUAUACUGUUCCUCUUGCCAUACACACGCAGAAAAUAUCGACUUAUUGUCUUCCUGUGGACUAUGUGUGACAAUCAAUCUCUUGGCUCUGCCUGUUUGGUUGUGCAUAUUUGUGCGUGUAAAUGUGCCUGUUGGUUUUGAGAUAAAUGUGGGAAAUGUGCAGGAAGCUGGCUGGUUCUGUAAGCAGCACACAAGUGUUGAAUGAUGACUCUGCUUAUUCCAGCAUCAGUAUAUAUUAUACUGUAGUUACUGCCUCUCCAGCAACAUGUUGCUGAAGCUGAAACUCCUGUGCCUUCUUCAGCACACACACGUCACGAUUAACCUCGAUAGAUUCAGAGAAUAUUAAACCACUGAAAUGAAGCUCACAUAUGAAGAAACUCACAUUUGAAAUAGUCAUUCUUAUUGAAAAAGCUGACGCCCCAACAAGAACUUUGCAUUACUGCCCAGACUCUCAAACUGCUCUUCAAGACAACAGAAUGCUAGCAUUAGCAUUUUGAAGGGCACUGACACUAAUUAAUUCACAGGAUGCUAAUCGUCUGCAUUAAUGAAGCCCAGCCUUAAGAAAUGUUAGCAAACGUGCCCCACAUGUAAAGACAGCUAAACUAGCCAUGGGAAACAGGAGGGACAUGUGUGCGUGUGAGUGUGUGUGUCUAUGCAUCCAUUUAUGUGUGUGCAUGAAUUGCGAGCUCUGUGUUAACAUGAGUGUUUUAACAACCUGAUGUGCUCGUGCUCAUUAACGUCUGCUGUUUUACUUGCGAGUGUACUGCGGGUCACAGCACAGGCAGCGGCCAUGCGCACCAGCUAAACACAGGAGAUUAAUCCCAAACUACAGGAAACUCAUUAAACUUCAUUUGUAUGAAUAGUCAAUGAAAGGCUUUACUUUUGUUAUCCAAGAAGAACAUGAAAGAAAUAGAUCCUAUUCUCAUAGUAAGCAUUGGUCUAAUAUGUCUCUCACGUCAUGUUAUUGAACAGGAUACCUUGUUUAACAGCCAUAUAAAUGUUUUGGCCCUAAAAUGUUUGUGUCAGAAGUAAAAACACAUUCAGGUGAUGUUUUGAAAUGCCUCCCGUUUAUCUAAAUAAAUGCCUCUACCUGGGCCUAUUUCAAUUUUACAAAAUAUUACCAAGCAGUAAUCUUUACCAAGAUCCUUUCCUGUUGAAAGUAAGAAAAAGUAGAAAAUUCGAAAGCUGAUAGAAGCAGAGUUUUCUAUUGAUCUCUAUAGAAUCCAACCCAGAGACAGUCUGGUCCUGCAUACUGAUACAUGCAUUACACUCUAUAGAUCCAACACGGAGUAUUUGAUUGUGUUUGUGUAAGUGUGCACAUAUGUGUGCAUGUGCCUGUGUUUACAUCGUGGGAUUUAUUUUGUCUCCACAAAACAGUUUUAAGUUUCAUUUACACUUUUUUUCUUUUAGUUCACACGUUGGUUACAUCUGUAUUUGUACCUGUAUGUCUUGUGUGUUAAGUAUUCAAGGAAUCAGUUGCUUGUAUGAAAGACCAGAUCUACUUUACGCUCUCAUUGGACCUGUCAACAUUCAUAUGCUCAGGAUAAUUUACAGUCUCAAAUGUGUAAAACAUCCUUCCAUAUCAAAUACACCUCUUUGCAUUUAGAGAGUGAAGGUGCCUGUAGUGAAUAUCUGUGCACAUGUGUCAGUAUGUCUACAGUAUAUUCCUUUUUUCAAUGUGCACUCAUAGGUCUGAUCCCCAGGGCAGACUUAGUUUGUGUGUGUGAGUGUAGGGGUGUGUGUGUGUGUUGGGGUGUGGUGGCCUAUCAAUAGUUGCCUUGUGAUUAUUAUUUAACAUGCAUGUAGUCAUUGAUUGGAGACAUUGAUCGGAGGUUGGGAGCUAAAGGCCAGCUCACAUUAAGACUUUGCCUCCCCAAGGAGCAAUAUGGAGCAUUAUCAUUGAGGGACAUUCUCAGCCCUCACUGCCACAUGUGCUGAAACACACCUUACAUGCCAGCUCAAAGAGAGAUUACACACGUGUGCAGCCAAAUACUUAUGCACACACACACAGACACACUCACUCACUCACAUAGCCUCUCAGAUGUUCCUGCAUCUCUCCAUCAUUCUACAAGUCCAUUUCUUUUCUCUCCGCCCACUUGUCUCGGUGUGCAUCCAUAAAUCACACCCACUGAUCCACAUUUGAGAGACUGGGAGGGGAGCAGCAACUGGUUUUUUAGCCCUCAUGGUGGGUUUGUUUCAGUAGCAAAUGAGGGAUUUACAACUUUCUGAUCCUGAUACUUUUUGAGUAAUGCUCCAAGGUGUUCACAUACCUAAACAAUGAUGUUGUUACUUCAUUUAUAAUGAUAUGUAGAAGAAGAAUGUAAAACCCAGAGUUAAGGCUUUUAGGAUAAUCCCUGCUUUUAGCUUGUUGGGCCUUUGUGUUGAACUCCCUCUUCAGAGCACCAAGCUUACCAAGGUAUAAAGCAUCAACUAGAGGAGGCUGAUGAGGAUAUGGAUAAAUCUUGCCAUCUCGUUCCUAGAAAUUAAGGACAUAAGGCAUUCAGAGACUAAAAAGUAGAAAUCUGGUGCCUUUUUGACAAUUUUGUUCUCCUUUAUAUAAAAAAGUUGAAGUGAAGUGUUUCUUUUUCUAAUGUCAGAUAACCAAUGUGUGAGUGCUUUGUCCUUUCAUGGUUGGUGCCAUAAGAGCAUGCUCAAAGAUGAACUUUGUUGAGGAAUUAGAUAUUAGAAAAUGACACACCAGCAAACGUCUGAUUACACUGUAUGUCUCUCUUCUCAAAUUUUAAUACAAGUCUUGUAUUUUCCACCCUCCCCCCUUCAGACUCCAUGCACAUUGAAGAUGUGGAUGCAGUGCAAAAGCUCCAGGAUGUGCUCCAUGAGGCGCUGCAGGACUAUGAGGCUUCCCAGCAUCAGGAGGAUCCCCGUCGGGCAGGCAAGCUGCUCAUGACCCUUCCCCUGCUCCGCCAGACCUCCACCAAGGCUGUGCAGCACUUCUACAGCAUCAAGCAAGACGGCAAAGUCCCAAUGCACAAACUCUUCCUGGAGCUGCUGGAAGCCAAGGUCUGAGGACCUAAGCAUAGAUGGAGAGACACCAGUCUGAACCACCUGAGCUUCAACUCAGACUCACUUUGAAUGACCUCUUGCUCUUUUACACACACUUACACACAGCCACACACAGAAGUAUGUCCCUGAUGUAUGUCUGCAGACACAACCCUCAAUGAUGAAACCAGUAACCUAAACCUCUUACGUGAACCCCCAAACCUCCUCGUCUGAGACAAGAGGGCGCAAACCUGAACUUUGUGAUGGGGAGAGUUUGACGGACUGACAUGACGCCCCGAUCUCCAGGAAAGAUGAGAUUUUCUUCAAAACUAUCAAGAACAGUUUCAACAGUGGCUCAGAACAUUGAAGAUGGCCAAACACUUAUGCAUUUAAUAACAAUUACGAGGUCAUUCAUGGCAAACACUCAAAUGAGGACACAUUUAAAAGAAACUGUCAACGCUUCAUUUUGGUCCUGAGAGACUGUAAGACUGCACUUGUGUCUCCUUACCCCUCCUUGUUUCCCCAACAGAGUUUUUUAAGUGUUCAAAAGGAAGAGAGGUUUGGGGGGAAAAGAACUUUAAAAAAAUGUUAAAGACAUUGGUUUUCAAAGUACUUGUAGAGUGAAAUAUGGAUGGAUGAAGAGAAAGAACAGAAAGGAAAAGAAGAGGAGAUUUGCCCUGCCAAAGAAUGGAGCUCAUCCAUUCAGAGGAUGCCAGCAAACUUUACUGUCAUAACCCAAAACGGUUUCUGCUUUGAUCUCUGAGUGGCUUUCAGAGUCGGUCCCACAGAGAGCUGCUGGUUUUCACUUCCUCCAGUUAUUUCAUUUAUUUUCUGGUUAUAAUGAAAAUCAGGAGCACUCAAGGACCAGGCCUAAAAAACACCCAGUGGUUACCUCUAAAUUCAGUUCCUGGUCUACCACGACUCCCCGACUAUCACUACUACUUAGCUAAUCGUUGCAUUUGUCAACAAACAUAGACCCUGGUAUCCCAUACCUGACAGUAUUACCGCAGUAUCAGUGAGCACACUUAGUGAGCUGAAGAUGUUUUCAAAUAUUCAAACCACUGGAGAGUCAAUCAGUGAAAAACAAGAUAAGACUCAGUCCAUGGUGUCAAGACCCUGACUUUACAGCACACACACUCUGUGAUGCUGUGAUUUUAGUCAAACACUCCUCUAGAGUUUGAACAUCUGGAACAUUUUCAGCCCCCUGGUGACUCACGUUUGUCGCCGUCCACACACGAGAUUUCUGUCCUUAAAAGUGCCAUGAAGAAAAGUCCAGCCCGUGCUCAUUCCCCAAACUCCAAAAACAGCAAACUGUCACUUCAGGACGACCCUCCUUACUCUGCUGCAUUCACACCUUCCAGCGCAUCUGUUAAGACAGAACAAAAAGAUGCUUUUACUCAUUCAGGGAGUAUCGAGGGAGCACCAGUCAUUCAUCACAGUUCAGACCAGAAGGAAAGGUGUGCUGAAAAAAAUCUGACUGAAGAACAACUACUGUUACUUUGAAACUCCUUAUUUUUCUCCUUCAUUUCUAUCUUGAAAAUAUUCUUAAUGACGAUAAUACCAGUAAUAGGGUUGUAAAUAACAGUCAUCCUGUAUAUGACAUAUAACACAGCUUUGUUUUUGUUAUUAAUAUUGUCUUCUUAAAACUGAAUCAAUCAAUAUGUCUUUCCUUUUUUCUAUCAGCUUGACCACUUUCAGCAAUUGUCAUAUAUCUAUAUAUAUAUAAAUAUAACAAGUAAUAAUGUAUUAACAAAUCAGCGUUUAUCUUAGAAAACACUGAGCAAUAGUGGUUUUAAACGGAGGGGUUUGUGCAUAUGGACUAAGUCUGCAAUAUUAACAUAACGUGCCAGUUUCAAAAUUUCAGAGAGAGAGGAGAUUUUGUAGCUUCUCUUUCCUUCUGUGUAACUUGCCAUAAGCUAUUAGAUAACAGUCAGUAUUUCCUUUGUUAGCGAUACCUACACGGAAAAAAAUAUGGACCAGAAAUAUGAGGAUGACAGUUUGAGAGCAGAAGAAGUAACCCAAGCAGCUCAUUACAAAAAAAGAUUCAACUUCCUGUUUUCUCACAUUGGUCUGAUGUUUGCACCUUUUGUGAUCAGGCUCAUUUCAGUGUCACUUUAAUCUGAAAAUGUAAGACUGUUCUUUUCUUAAAGGUAAUGCUCUUUUUAUAUUACCAUGUAAGUUUCUCCAGCUGUGUGGCUGUGUGCAGGGACCAUCUGAAAGACGACUUAAUCUGGUACUAAAUGAAAUCUGAACAUCAUCUGCAUACAAAGAUACAUGAGGCAAGGGUCUUUCGUGUUAAUUCACGCUUGCACUUCCUGUUGAUGGGCAUUUUUUAAACAUAUUAUGGUACUAGUUUAUGGUCAUAAAAGAUAUCUAAAUUGGUAUGAUUAUUCAUUUCCAAAUACCCUCAGCGAAUGGUUAAAGGGGAAUCCAUUAUGUUAUUGAUAUCUUAGCGUAGAACCUGAAGACUACAAUAAAACGUGUUUUUUAAAAGGACUUAAUUUAGGUCCUAAAAUCAAUCAAAUCUUAUCUGCACAGAUUUUGACCAGACUUAAGCAUUCGCUGAUUUGUUUCAGGCAUCAAAACUGGCCUGAGUGUCUUAACUGAAAGUGAAAACUGGAGUGGAAGGUCACAGGAAGCUGUCUGACAGUAACAGCGGGAUUGUUUAGGGUUUGUUUGACGGGUCGCAGCUUUAACAGGAAUAUUUAGUCUGUUUUUAUUAUUGUCAUUUUUAAAGCUGAAUAAGAAUGCCAAAAUGUGUAAUCUAGAUGAAGGUGUAAUCUAAUGUAAAAUGGCAACUAGUCACAGCUGAGGGGGUGCUCCAGUUGAAGUGUAGUGGAUCUCUAACAUCACACGCUCUGUAUCAAACAUCAGUAUUAUUAGUAAGGGGUAUUUUUUCAGCCUUCUUAAACAUUGUAUAUUGUAAAUUAUACAGAUUAUAAUUCUAACAUAAGACAUUUUAUUGGAAACAAAAUCAAGAAAAAAAAAAGAAAAAAAGUAGUUCAACUUCAAUGUGUGUUUCAUGUUUGCUGUUUUUCUCUGAAGGAAAAACCGUGUUUCUUUGUUUUUAUCUGUUUUUGUUUUCAAGUCCUCUUUCUGUUCGUUUCUCUCCUCUUCUGUUGGCUCCUCUGAGGCGUUGCUGUGAACUUUUUCUUGUGGUGAUUCCUGUUCUUGUGCUGUGUGCUUCUUCUUUAGACAACACAGAGUAGAGUAGAGGCCAUGUUGUCCGUCUGUCCGACCAGUCUGCUGGGGUUCUGGGUACCUGAUUCUCUCCCAAUGAACCAAACUGGAUAUAAAGCUCUUCUUCUAGAAACUUAACUAGACCACCAAGAUGAAGUGACAGUCUUCAUCUUGACCAAACUAUGCGUAAAUAAUGAAGUAUUUAGUAUCUAAAUGAAGAAACACAAUACAAGUAUUUAAAAAGGGAUCAUUUGUAUAACUUUCCUGUAGAGUAAACAGUAUACUAUAUAUCUUUAGGUUUAAAUAACCAUUAAAUGAAAAGGACAUUUGAGUAUUUCAGAACUGUAGGUGACUCUUUUUUGAUAAACUCGCUGUACAUAACUGCCUUCCAUACAGCUCGGCUCAGUCGUUAUCUUUACUGUUUCCGCAGUCAGUAACAAAAAAAUAAGACUAAAAAUAAUAACUUUGAUUUUCUCCCAUUUUUGUCUUCUGAUUUUCAGUUUGAGUCCAGGAAAAAUAACAUUUUACAGCGAAGAGUAAAAAGGGAUCAGAUUGGCAAAGAGUAGCACUUCUGGGCUUUGUGGGUAAAGUUUAAAAAAAAAAAAAUGUUUUGAUUUGUUCUUGUGUCUCUCGUCAGCUUGCACUCAUUACACUUCAUUUUAGGACAAGCUCCCAUUCUUCCCAAACAUAACAAACACAAAGUCAGAUUUAAACCAAAUGUUAAAAUUAAGCGUCAUUUUACUGACUGUAUCUCCUAAACACAAGAUUAAAAGAAAUCAGACACUCAGCAUUAAGUGGAAGAUACUAUGAUCUUAUGAAAGCAUUAACAUUGUCAUAUCAUGGAUUAGAAAGGAAUCAAUAUUUAUAUGUGAUGCCCCAGGGACAGAUUUGAAUUCCUUAUUUUAAUCUUUUCAAACCAUCUUGGUUUGAAAAAUGUCCAAAAGAUGUUUGUUCUCAUCGUGCACUGAACACUCAUCCACGAACAACUUAUUGAAGAAAGGUGCUCUUCUAUUACAUUUGUGUUUUUUUUUCCUAAUGAAGAUUUUGUUUAUUUAUUUAAAAAAGUCAAUCCUGUUCACCUCUGAAAGAUUCAACUCCCUGAAAGAAAGUGAAGAACUCUCUGACACCACUGAAGCUGAGCUGAAUGUGGUCGACAGCUGCUUUUCUAAAUGAAUGAAAACAAACAGAUCCGCAGAGAAAAUGUGAAUCUUUCAGAGGUUUUGUUGACUUGCUGCUCAUAGCCAAAAUAUGAAUCUGUACAAAACAUGUGUUUUCCCUUGACCUUUCGUUUUCUUGUUUAAAAGCAAUAUUUUCUUGACUGUAAAAUGAUGAGACAAGAGUUGCACUUUGUUUGGGUUAUACUUCCAAAUGCUGCUGUAGCUGUCAGAACUACCCUGCAGUUUUAGUGUUUCAAGCAUAUAAAUGUCAACAAUCCAAGCUGUGGAGCUCUGAAAGAAGGACUUUGAUUGGGGUUUUUUUGCAGAUGCUUUGAUAGAAAGAGUUUGACCUGGUUGCACUUUGGGCACCAUGUUAUCGCCCUCAUCUGGAACUUAGAUCCAUUAGCUGCAAAUACUCUGUGUAACAAAAGUUCAGCUGUAACAGGAGGACGAGUCUAAGUUAGCAUAUCAAGAAAGCAGGAGCGUCCAUUUGCUCCCGAAAUGUCUGCUAACGCUUGACUUUGUCCAUCUCCAGCUCUACUGUUUAGUCAUUUAGUUGUAUUUAUUCCCCAAAGUUAACUGCCACUCGUUCUGCAGCUCACCCUGCAGUCUGAAUCUACAAAUGUGAAGAAAAUAUUAAAGGGAGAGAGGAACAUUUGGAUACACAGGCUAUCUAGGGAGGAAAGGACCCUUGUGUGGUGGAGAAGAGUUGUAUACAAGACCCUGUAGUGUUAUUAAAACAUGUCCGUAGAUUUUAGAUGUGCUUCACAUCAGUAAAUGAAAAAAAAAAAAAGAAACAAUAACCUGUAUAUUUUUGUGACGUGUAUCAUACAAGUGUGCUCCAACAAUAAUGUCCAUUUGUGUAAAUGUAUUUAUUUCACAUUGUAUAUAUUGUUCAAUGCAAAAAGAGAGACCUAUGAUUCUGUAACUUAAACUACUAUGGGUUGAAACAUUACAUGUGUUACUCCAGACUAUGCCUUUCAGGAUUAUUACAGUAGAGCAAUAUCAAUUAAAACCAGGCUUCCAGUUUUGACACCUGUCUUUUGUCUCUGGUUUUGAUUAAUUAAGACACGAAACAAGUAAACAUUUACACCAGAAAACAGCUUUGACCUAGUCUCGGUGUCUUUGAAACAGGAAAUCAAACCAAUGCAAGGUGCUGUGAUUACUGUGAAAUUUGAUGUAGAUUGAAGAUAAAAUAACUACUUUCCAAGUUGUAAAAUCUUAACUCUGAUAUGGUAUCCCGUGGUAAAUCUUUCACCUCACAGAUCUUUCAUUCAAACUUGACCUCAAAUCUUACUCUGAAACAGUUCCCAAAG